UCUAGCCACACACGCUAGACAGUGAAAGUGGUCACGAAGGUCCUCUCUCGUGGUGCUGGAGCUGGUGUGCGCGCAUGGUUUGGGCUAAGAGGGAAUACCCAGGCUCAAAGACUGAGCUUCUGAUGAAUUUGGUGGCUUCGUGUAGCUUAGACUCUAGAGAGAGUAUCAGUGGAAUUCAGCUGCAUUACAGAGGGAGAGAGAGCUAAGUGAUUGAGAAAAACUGUAAGUGGGUUUUCUUGAGAGGGAAGAGUGCAAUAGUAUAUUAGACCAGUAGAGAGAGAGAAUUCCAAGGCCUUCAAGUGAUUGAGAGAGAGAGUGUGUGUGGGUUCAGUGAGAGAGACAAGGAUCAAGUGAGAUUUAAGUAGCAGGGAGAGAGGAUAGUGCGUGUGUGAGAGAGAUACUGCACUUUGACCAAACCACCAUGGAGGAGGAGAAAGAAUGGCGUAGAAUCACUUAUGAAAUCUUCUCAAAGCUGGAGGAGAACUGGCUCAAAUCCCACCUCUGUCGCACCCCCUCCUGCAAACAAACCCGCAUCCUCAGCAUUGACGGCGGCAGCCUAAAGGCUCUGACUGCAGCCAAAGCCCUUGUCCACCUCGAAUCCUGCAUCCAAAUGGCCACCCAGAACCCCUCUGCACGCAUCCCUGACUUCUUCGAUCUCAUUGCCGGCACCGGUCUUGGAGGCCUCCUCGCCGCCAUGCUCCUCUCCCCUGACCAUGCCACCGGCAGGCCAAUGUAUUCUGCCAAGGAGGCCAUAAAAUGUGUGGUCGAAAGCUCCGGCAACAUUUUCCAGCGACGAGGGUUGUUCCGGAGAACUUUUUCCGGCAAGAGCUGCGAUCGCACCCUGGCCCGACUCCUCUCAUUUAAUGGUGAGCCACUGAAACUCAGUGAAACAUUGAGGCCACUGCUCAUCCCAUGCUAUGAUUUGAAUAGCAGAGCGCCCUUUGUGUUCUCAAGGGCGAGCGCGAGGGGGUCUUCAAGCUUGGACUUUGAGCUGUGGCGAGUAUGUAGGGCAACGGGCGCAAUGCCAGGAAUGUUCAAGCCAGUAGAAGUGACCUCAGUCGACAGGAAAACAUCAUGCGUGGCGGUGGAUGGGGGUCUGGUGAUGAACAGCCCGGCGGCAGCAGCAGUGACGCACGUUUUGCAUAACAAGGGAGAGUUUCCGGGGGUGAGAGGAGUGGGGGAUGUUGUGGUGCUCUCGAUUGGGGCAGGGCCCAUGAUGGCACCAGCUGUGGGGGCGAGGAGGGAAGUUGGAGGACGGUGGGGGGGGGGCUGCUCGCCGGCGGUGGUGGAGGCAGUGCUGGAUGGGGUGUCCGACAGUGUGGACCAAAUCCUGGGGAAUGCGUUUUGGGGGCACCGCCAAAACUACGUGAGGAUUCAGAAAGGAUGGCUUGCAAAGCAUCAAUCAUUCAUGGUCCAGUCCUUUGUGCAGGCAAGCAGCCUGCCGAAUGAGUUCGAGUCAAGGAUGGAUGGGUGGUCAUCAAAGAAGGUGAAGGCAAUGGUAGAAGCGGGGGAGAGAAUGCUUUCUGAGAGAAGCACAGAAUCCCUGCCUUUUGGAAGCAAGAAGUUGAAGAGUCAGACCAAUGCAGAGAGCUUAGAUGCCUUUGCUCGCAAAAUUGUAGCCAUUGCAAAGUCACCUCCACCCAGCUUGUCACCAUACAUGCGAUCUCUAAUCUAUCAAUAACUUGAAAUUUCGUUUUGAUCCCCCUCAUUCUUCAUUUCUCCUUAAAGGUUUAGAGUCCGUA